CCAGACAUGGAAAUCCGGGAACUAUUUAAUCCUCGAGAUGUGUCACUGUGAGUGUCACACAGUCCAGAGAUUACAGGUGACAGGUAGUGCACACCCGACGGUUCCCACAAGCACUUUAUUUUGAACUAGGCACUUUUGAACUAGGCACCGAUGUCUGAACAACAACUUAUUUCGUGCAGCAGGCUACACGUUUUCUCCUGCCGGGUGAACACAGCUUGUUGAAUCGAAUUGAAAAGUAAGAUUAAAAAAAUGGAAGAUAUAUUAUUUGACUUGGAUCAAGAUGGCACUACAGACUUUGCCUUCUGGGGCCAGAUGGACCCUAACUUCCAGUUCCAGGCCCAGUUGGACACUCUCCUCUUUGACUGCACCGCGGUCACGGGCCAGCUUUCGCCCUGGUCCUCUUUCGGUGGCCAGUCCAUGUUCCCUGACGCACAGAUGACCUUCACCGACCUGGACUCGCAGUCUCCCGGCCUUGGAGCCAGUGCUGAAGUGGACAGCUCCUCUGUGGACGAGCCCCACGAGAUGAGCAAGCGCAGGCAGCGGCGGUUCGUGCCCCAUCAUCCGUACAAGAUCCAGCGACACGCCGCUAACAUCCGGGAGAGGAAGAGGAUGCUGAGUAUCAAUUCUGCGUUCGAAGAGCUAAGGUGCCACGUGCCAACAUUUCCCUACGAGAAGCGCCUGUCUAAGAUUGAUACACUGAGAUUGGCCAUUGCCUACAUUGCCCUCCUGAGAGAGAUACUGAUUUCCGGCUGCGACCCCAAGUCGUACGUGGACGAAUGCAUGAAGAAUGGUUACAAGAAUCAAACCAAUGCCAUUUGGAACACAAGCGAUCUGACAGCCCGGCUCUCCUGGAUAAAGUGGGAUUAACUCAGGAUGGAGCAACCCAAGUACGUUGGACAGGGGGCUGCUGGCGGGGGAUUUAUAACCCCCUUCUGUCUUUGUUUCAAUGGCAACAUCACAUCAGGGGCUGAGUGACAUCUGCAGACGUCUUAUCAGUUCAUGCACCUUUCUCUGCAGCUAGCCACUCCCCUCACAGCCUUUAAUAUUUGAAUGUGGUAAUAUUCGAUUGGUAAUGGAGUGGCAGUGUUUUUCUGGAGUUGCCUGUUGUUUUACAGGGGAUGGGAGACCGGGGCCAGACUUAAGCCCAUGGGGAUGGCAUUUCUCACAGGGGACAGAAGCAGCCUGGCAUGGGACUGAACGAACCUUGGUCAAACUAUUUUUUCUGAGUGUAAUACUGAAGCGCCGUGUGUUCAUUUGAAACCAUUAGCUGUUGUUCAUUGUGUGUGACACCCACAUUUUCCGUAAGUUAAUUUAACCUAAUUCAUUUAUGUAUUUAUUUAAUUUGUUUAUUUAUUUAUUAAUCAUCGAAGAAGAAAAAAAUGUUGUUAUUAUUAUAAUUAUUUAUUAAACUGUUUUCAUUUUGAUGUGGCGAGCUGUUUAAACUGUAUCUUUAAUCAAUUGACAAUCAUACAUUAUUUAUUAUGUUGUCAAAUGGAACGUUUUGAUAUUCAUGAUACUUAUUAUGAAUAUAUGUUGUUUUUGUAGUGUC